CGAAAAACCACAUCAAAAUACCGAAAAUCAUUUGCCACAAUUCUUACACCACUCUUCAGCAUUUAUGCAACAAUAAAAAUUGAAAUCAUAAUGGGAGAAAAAGAAUUAAAUGUAACUAACACAAAUAUUACGCUAUGUGCAUAUAACUGUCAAAGCUUUAAAUCGAAUUCAUAUUAUAUUUCUAAGUUGUUAAAGUCUUUCGAUAUUAUUUUUAUAUCAGAACAUUGGCUUUUAAAUAUUGAGAGUUUUUUGUUAAAUAACAUUGCAUUACUAACACACAAAGUUUUUUUUCAUGCGGCAGAAAAAAAUACACACGGUAGACCAUAUGGAGGAAAUGCUUUUAUGGUACGAAAAAAACUGUCGUCUUUUUACAUAAUACAUGAAGAUGAAAACAUUCUUGCUAUUAAAGGCACACUUAACAAUCGUAACUUAAUUUUUAUUGGUGUUUACCUUUCAUCUUGUCGUAAUAAUAACGAAUCAUACGCAAAAUACUCUUCUCAGUUACAAACAAUCACUUCAAUAAUGAACAACUAUGAGGAUGAAGGAGAAUGUAUUAUUUCCGGAGACUUUCAGUCAUUUCCAUAUAAAAUAUAUGAUUCAGAGCUUCGUAAAAACAAAACUAGGAACAAUUUCUCAAAACAUCUCACUAAUUUUAUUGAAUCAAAUCAGCUCGCUUUUGUCGAUAUAAUCAACGGUGCUGGGCCUACUUAUACCUAUCAACAUAAAACUCUUUCUAAUUCUUCUUACAUUGACCAUAUUGCAUCCUAUAAACAGACAGAACUAUGUUUUACAAACUGUCAAGUUAUGCAAUCUUCACCGCUUAACCUUAGUGAUCACCUUCCGGUGUCUACGAAUAUUAACUUUGAAGGUACCGGCUUAUCACACGAAAUAAAUAAUAUAAUGCAAAAAUAUAAUUCAAUACCAAAACAUGCAUGGAAUAACGAAAGGUUUAUUGACUUUUAUAAUCUCAAUCUAUCAAAAGCAUUUACUAGUUACGCAUUUAAGGAAGAUAAAAUAGAAGAAGAAAUUCAAAAAACAUGCUUAUAUAUAAAAAAUGCAGCUCUCUUGGCAGUUAAACAAUGUUUCGGACAAAAAGAAUUUUAUAAGUACUCGAAACCUUGGUGGACACCUGAGCUUAAAAAAAUUAAAGAUAAUCUCUCCUUUCACUUUAGACAAUGGCAAAAAUCAGGUUAUAAUAAGUCAACAGAAUGUAUAUCCUACAAAAGAUUUAUUUAUUCCCGAAAAAACUUUCGUAAAGCUGUAAAAGCGGCACAUAACAAAAAAAUUCACGAAAAAACUAAAAAUAUAGAACACUUACGCAAUACAAAUCCUCAAAGGUUUUGGGGUAAUAUUCAAAAAAUCAAAAAAAAUACUAACAAUCGACUCUUUACAAUUAAUAAAUUGCAGAACAAAAACGAAAUCGUCGAAGAAUUUAGUCAUCAUUUCCAAAAACUACUUAAUACACCGCAAUAUACAAAUAACGAGUUCAAUCCUCUCCAAAUUCCACAUUUAAGUAAAGAGCCUAAUUCAAAAGUUAUCUCGACAGCUGAUAUUGAAAAAUGUAUUUUAAAGCUUAAAAAUAAUAAAUCUUACGAUUGCUAUGAAAUCAGUGCUGAACAUCUUAAAAACUCUCACAACAAGAAUCUUCUUAUUUUACUUUCGUCGUUUUAUAACAAUAUGUUAACAAAUGGAAAGGUUCCACACGGUUUAUCAACCGCCAAAAUUAUCCCAUUAGUCAAGUCUUAUAAAACAUCACUAGAAAAUCCAAAUAACUAUCGAGGAAUCAGCAUUAUACCAAUUUUUACAAAACUUCUCGAAUAUCUUAUCAUACACAUAUGUCCAGAUAUAACAGAAAGUCAUUCCCAUCAAUUCGGUUUUAAAGAAAACAGCUCUACCCUCCACGCAGAAUUUCUUCUGAGUGAAACAAUAAAGCACUAUAAUCAUAAUAACUCACCGCUAUAUAUAUGCAGUCUAGACGCCAACAAAGCUUUUGACAGUUGUAAUUGGGAAUUACUAUUCGAGAAACUCUAUUACCAGAAAAAAAUCCCAUUAUCUAUAGUUCAUACAAUAUUAUCACUAUAUCAAACAGGAACUUCUAAUAUAUCAUAUCUUGGAUGCCAAUGUUGCGGCGAUCUUAAAACAAUCGUUCCAACACUGGAAUUUAAAGGAACAAAGAGAAGUAUUUAGAACGCUGAUGGAGGAAAACAUUCCAAGAACGAUGCAAGAAAAUACUUAAAUGUGCUUUGUUUUU